AUGCUCGCCGGCUUUGUGGCCGAGUGGAACCCGCAGAAGGUGGGCCACGCCAGGGAGCUGCGCAGGAUCGUCAGGGCGGCCGGACGACAGGCGCGGGACCUCUCCGUGUUCCUGUAUCCGCUGGCCUCCACGGCGUCGCUGGCGGGGCAGGUUGUCCCAGCAGGUGUUGUCCCAGAACGUGGUGAUGUCCAGGCAGGUCCAGCAGGUGUUGUCCCAGCAGAUGGUGUUGAUAUAGACUCGCGGGAGAGGCAGGUCGACAUCAACACCAACACCAGCACCAACAUUAACAUUGACGCCAACAUUAACAUUGACGCCAACAUAAACAUUAACGCCAACAUAAACAUUAACGCCAACAUUAACAUUGACGCCAACAUAAACAUUAACGCCAACAUAAACAUUAACGCCAACAUUAACAUUGACGCCAACAUAAACAUUAACGCCAACAUAAACAUUAACGCCAACAUAAACAUUGACGCCAACAUAAACAUUGACGCCAACAUUAACAUUGACGCCAACAUAAACAUUGACGCCAACAUUAACAUUGACGCCAACAUUAACAUUGACGCCAACAUAAACAUUGACGCCAACAUAAACAUUAACGCCAACAUAAACAUUAACGCCAACAUAAACAUUAACGCCAACAUAAACAUUAACGCCAACAUAAACAUUAACGCCAACAUAAACAUUACAACAUAA